AUGAGCUCUGCAACGUGGAACACGCAGGACCAGACCAUGGCCGCGGCGUCGGAGGAUGACUUCCAGCAGUUUCUCGACAUCAGCGGCAUGGCCAACAUGGGCGACGGCAUGCAGUUUGACUUUCAGGGCUUCCAGGACGACGGCUCGCAUUCCAUCAUGGCCCAGCCGCGCCAGACCGCCGAUGCCAUCAUGAGCGACUCAGAUCCAUCAAGCAUGAUUCCUCGGAGCGACGGCCUUCUUCAGAACCACACGCCCGCCAUGGCGCCCAUGUCCUCUCACAUGAUGGCGCCGUCGGCGUCCCGCGAGGCCAUCUCCAACAUCGACGCCCAGAUUCAGUAUCUCCAACAGCAAAAGUUUCAGCAGCAACAGCGACAGCUGCAGGAGCAGCAGGCCACCUUCUUCGCCAACCAUGGCCACUCGGUGCCUCCGACGCCUCAGAGCCUGGAGAUGACGCCUGGCAGCGCCCAGUUUUACUCACAGGCCGAGCAGAUGCCAUCAAGAGGCGCCUACGACAGGAGUUACCAUCAAAGAAUGGCCGAGCAAGAUAUGGCCUUUACACCUCUUGUCUCACCAGCUGUCACUCCGCUAGAUCCGCAUUUCAGCAUGGACGGCGCCUUUACUGUGCCUGGAGCCUACUUCAGUCCCCUGACAUCACCCGCUCUCCAUGCUCAAAAUGAUUCUUCAUCAAACUAUGACCACACCACUCACUCAAACAACUCACCGGUAGAGAUGGACCUCGAGCAGUCGGCUGUCCCCGCCGUCAACCUGGACCUCUCCAAGAAGACAAGAAAGACCCAGGCCACCAAGACAAGGAGUAAGCCUGGUGUCAAGAGCUCGCCCAUUUCUAAGCCGCUUAGGCGAAAGACUGGCCCUAGCCCGGCCAUGGUAUCACAGGUGCUGAGUGAGGUGGAGGAGAGGAAUCUGCAAGCCGGCGACCACGGGUUGCUCCCCCUGCCCGCUGCUUCUACUGAUGGGUCUGAUGAAAACGCGUCCGUUUCGCCAGAGAACCUGUCGGAAAUGCCUCCUCCCCCGAUUCCUACUAGGCGCUCAAUGAGCAAAUCGCCUUAUAUACGCCCACAAUCGAAUAUGCAGCCCGGCCACGCAACCGGUCUGCUCGAUGAACAACACCCUCCUCAUCCCGCCACGCCGGCCUCCCUGAUGAAAUUGCCAGGCUCCAAGACGAAGAAGAUUGCGACGAGCCACCAAGAAGCCCCGCUCUCUGACAACAUCGAGUCGCUUGAACUCCCUGAAUCAAUAUCUAACCCGUCUCUCGCUGGUGGUCUUGUCAAUGCCCAGCUUAGUAUCCAGACCCCUCGGCCCGAGCCGAGCUUGGUAUCCAAGGGAGUCACAUUCCAGUCUAUGCCUUCGCCAAUCGUGAGAGCGGCGGGAACAUCAUCUGCGAACCAAAGCCCUCUCUUACUUCCCGGGCCGUCCGGCUCUAGCCAGCGAAAGACACCUCAGCUUUCCGCCAGGAAUAGUCGCAAGAGGUCGACGGGAUCUGUCCAUGCGUCUCCGGCCUUACUGCCCAGGAUAUCCCCUAAUAUCAAACCCCUACUCCCUGGUGCUCCUGGCAUGUCUGUCGAGGACCAGGCAUCGCGACUGCUAAUGUCCAAGUCGAAUUAUCAAAACAUCUUGGAGGGCAACCAAGUCCCUGGUGUGUCUUAUCCCAGCGAGCUAUCAACAAAUCUCACCUCCAAGAGGACAUCACACAAGAUUGCUGAGCAAGGUCGCCGAAACCGCAUUAACUCUGCUCUACAAAUCAUGGCUAGUCUCCUCCCGGAUAGCAAAAACAAGAUCGCUUCUGGCGAUGAUAGCGACAAGAAGGAUGGGAAGCAAUCUCAUGCCUCAAAUAGCAAAGCUAGUGUUGUGGAGAAUGCCAUCGUCCACAUGAAGAACCUCGAGAAGGAGAAUGUGGAUCUCAAGCAUGAGCUACAGGCAUUGAAGGACCAGCUUGAGAAGUUAAAAGGAUCAGAC